AUCCUUCACUCUGCUAGAGCAGCCUCUCUCUCCUCUGUCCUUAUCCUUCACUCUGCUAGAGCAGCCUCUCUCUCCUCUGUCCUUAUCCUUCACUCUGCUAGAGCAGCCUCUCUCUCCUCUGUCCUUAUCCUUCUAGACCUUUCUGCAGCAUUUGACACCGUGAACCACCAGAUCCUUAUCUCUUCCCUUCAGGUCCUGGUAUCUCAGGCUCUGCACUCUCCCUCUUCUCUUCCUACCUCAACGACCACACUUACCGGGUACCUUGGAGAGGAUCUGUGUCUGAUCCUUGUCCUCUCACUACUGGGGUUCCUCAAGGCUCCGUCCUGGGUCCCCUCCUCUUCUCUCUGUACACUCAUUCUCUGGGCUCUGUCAUUGGCUUCUCCUACCAUAGCCAUGCUGAUGACACCCAACUGAUCCUCUCGUUCCCCCAAUCUGAAACACAGGUAGCAGAAUCUCUGCCUGUCUGACCGACAUCUCUCAGUGGAUGUCUGCUCACCACCUGAAAAUCAACCCUGACAAGACCGAGCUACUAUUCCUUCCAGGGAAAGAGUCCCCCACCCACGACCUGACUACCACCUUCACCAGCUCUGUGUUGGCCCCGCCCCCGACUGCCAGGAACCUCGGGGUGACACUCGACAGUCAACCUGACGGCCAACAUCACUGCGACAACGCGUUCCUUUUUGGGAAAAGUCCUCAGCAGCAUCUUCCCAGGUCAGGACACGCCGAGCGUUUACCUUCGUCUUCGUCGCAGAGGAGGAGGAGGAGGAGGGGAGGAGCGAGAGGACGGCCUCCGCUGCGGGGGAACGCUAAAUCAACAAGGCGGCAAUUUAACAGGAUUGGCUGCCCAGUGCCUCGCAUCCCGGCAGAGGCCAGCCCCCUGGCCGACCACGUGUCCGCCACGCGCAUCCUGUGCGGCGCCCUGGUCUUCCCCACCAUCGCCACCAUCGUGGGGAAGCUCAUGUUCAGCAGCGUCAACUCCAACCUGCAGAGGACCAUCCUGGGAGGCAUCGCCUUCGUGGCCAUCAAGGGGGCGUUCAAGGUCUACUUCAAGCAGCAGCAGUACCAGAGGCAAGCCCACCGCAAGAUCCUCAACUUCCCCGAGCAGGAGGAGGCCUGAGGAGGACGGACCAACCACACACACACACACCUCACACACACCUCACACACAACUGGUGAACUAGAGGCCAGGAAGUGCUUGCGAGAUGGACUUGCGAUCGGCGACGCCCCCUUUACCUCUGACUCCUCCUCCUCGCCUUGUUUUUAUGGAGGGACAUUCAAGCGACGGCGUCUUCGCCGCCGCCGCCGCCAUACUUUAUCUUAUAAGCUCCCGAUGCUUCGUGAAGACGAGUCAGACCUGUGGACCCACAAUGGAGAUUGUUUUCGCGCACACACACACACACACACAUAUACACACACACACACACACAGGCUGUGUCUUUGGUGAUCUGUAACACUUGUUGUAAACUUACUGUGUUUUAAACAAACCGAUGCGGGGCAUGUGUAAUUAGAAAGUUUUAUAAUAAUAAUAAUUAAAUGAUUGUUUUAUAUGGUUAUUUUGCAGAUCGGACCCCUUUGCCAAAGCUCGGGGGUCCACGUUGUUCCGUGUGUAGAAUGUAUUACUGACGCCGACCACACGGCGACAUCCACACCCUCUGUGCGUUGCUCAAAGGCCUCUCGGCAGUGUUUACCUUGUCGCAGCUUCAGCUCCCGUUUCCCCAAACGCGUUCUGUGUGUGCUCACCAAACGAAGCCGCAGGUCUGGUCGAGCCUGUUGCCGUGACGACACCGGCCGGAUGUAUAACGUGGAGGCUUCUUUUUUUCUUUUGUUUUUGGACUGUCGAAGCAUCUCAAAAGUUUUUUCUGAAGCCCGACGGUUCAGUCGAGCUGAAGCUCCACGUUGUUUUUUAUUCCGGGGGGGAAAAAAUGUAAAGAUUCAUUUCAGCCAAAUGAUGAAAUCUAUUAUUUUAUCACUUAUAAAUCUUUAUCUGUGCAGAUAGUUUGUUGCCCAGGUUUUCUGUUUGUAUUCCUGCCGAUGCCUCGCUGGCCUUAGACGGCCCCAAUGAAAGGGGACAUCGUUUGAAUUACGUCCCUACAAAAUAAGAGCGUUUGGGGCUGCGGUGGAAAUCCUAAAACCCUGAACAAUGCAACACUAUCUGCACAGGAGCAAUGUGGGAACGUUUUGUUUUUGAAGUGUCCCUGAACACACCGCCACAUGGCGGCUAUAAGUUUAAUUUGUAUUCACGACGUGAUGAACAAUGAGCCCCAGCUUUUUGUUUUCUGCCUCAAACCCGUGAGCGCACAACGACGUGGCGUGUGCAACCCUCACGUGAUCUACACGCCGCCAAAAGAGACGUCCGACAUUUAGAGUUCUACGCUAUGAGUUCUGUGAAUAAAUGUAUUUUUCCAAUGAG